AUCGUAGCAACGUUGCUUUCGCAGUACUUCAAAUGGAGGAGAAGCAAGAGAACAGAGAGAACCGAUUGACCGGUUGACCGCCAUUAAACCACACACUCCUUUUUCCAUUUCCCCUCAAUUUCCCACCAAACCGAACGAUUCAACACUCGAUAUCCAGUUUAAUGGAGGAGCAAUCUACAGUAGGGUUUCGCGGUUCAACUCCCGAUGGCGUCCUUGUGCUUGAAUCGAUUCAAUUCAACGACGAGAUUCAGGGAAUCGUGUCACCGGUACCGGCGCCGGAAAACGCGAGCUCGUUCACCGCGCUGCUUGAGCUACCACCGACGCAGGCCGUGGAGCUUCUUCACUCGCCCAACGUGAAUCAGAAACCCUAUCUACUAGGCUCUUUCAAUGGCAAUUUGACCUUCCCUUCCAACGCCGCGUUGAUCGAACGCGCCGCGAAGUACUCCGUGUUUGCCGGAGAGAACAACAACUCGCCGCCGGUGAAGAACGAGCCGCAAGAGACCGAUUCCAACCCGUGCUCGACUCAGGGGUACGUUUCGGAUCCCGCCGUUGAGAACAAGAAUCAGAGAAGCGCCGCCGCCAAGAGGAAGGAGCGAGAGAAGAAGGGUAGAGAUUCGUCGUCGAAGAAGAGUAAGAGCGUCGCCGAUGAAUCCUCCGGCGGUGACGGCGAGAAGCUUCCGUAUGUCCAUGUUCGCGUUCGGCGAGGUCAAGCCACAGAUUGUCACAGUUUGGCAGAAAGAGCUAGGAGAGAGAAGAUCAAUGCGCGCAUGAAGCUUUUACAAGAACUGGUCCCUGGUUGCGACAAGUGGUUUACGUGGGUUUAUCGUGGUUUUUCUCCAUCUUCUUCCUCUUGGAACCCUGGCUGUUUCCUAUAUCGCCUUCCUCUACAGACUCGUGGUUUUGAAUUUUGCACACACUCAGCCACUCAGAUAUCUGGAACGGCAUUGGUUCUGGAUGAAAUCAUUAACCAUGUGCAAUCUUUGCAACGUCAAGUGGAGAUCUUAUCUAUGAAACUGGCCGCAGUUAACCCAAGAAUUGAUUUCAACUUAGACAGCUUAUUGACUGCUGAUGGGGUAUCUCUAAUGGACAGUAACUUACCAAGCAUGGUUACACCUCUCAUGUGGCCAGAAAACCCACUCAACGGUAACAGACCGCAUUAUCAACAACAAUGGCAAUUCGAUGCAUUCCACCAACCACUUUGGGCGAGGGAGGAAGACAACCAUAAUUUCAUGACUCCGGAAACCUCACUUUUGAGUUAUGACUCGUCAGCAAAUUCAGCAUCUCUGCACUCAAACCAAUUGAAGAUGGAGCUAUGAAAGCGUGCAGAAGUUGCCGUAUCAGUAGCUAAUAGCCUAGUAGUGUAUAUAUCAAGUAUAGUAUUCGCAGUUAGCAGUGAUCUUGAGCGGUAUCUAUGCUAAUGCUAUUCAGCAGGGUUUCCAUGUCUUCUAUUUAUCAGGCUCAGUUGGAAACCUGGAUUUUCUAUGGCUAGAAAAGAGGAAGAAGAAUCGGUAAGCUAUUCUUAUAUAAUACAAGUAUCAUUAUGUAUACUAACUAUAGGGGUCAUUCAAUCGACGAGAUGAUUGAUUCAAGAUUGUAAAAUCAUAGAACAGACUGUUACUGAAUUAUUAUUGGAGUGAGUUGCUUUGUUCAUUGCAUGCUACUUAGAUUAUUGGCUUUUAAUGAGAAUUUCCUGAACAAGCUACUUUAAUUUUGCAUUA